AUGCUGUUCCAAGGCUUACUCCUGUUAGUUUCCAUUGCCCAAAUAGCCGCCGACUUCGAGUCCAUCGGCAUUGGGAAAGCUCCCUGGCAGGCUUCGGUGCAGAUAAACGGCAAACAUCACUGCGGCGGAGUGAUAUACAGCGAGUACAUCGUCCUGACCAUUGCCGAGUGUGUGCGGAAGGCCAGUUUGGAGAUCAUCACAGUGCGGGUGGGAGCUACAGAGAAAUCUUCCGGAGGUGACGUGCAGAAGGUCAAGAAGAUGAGGCUGCAAGUUCUGGGCAUGCGGCGGAGUGAUGUGGCCAUACUUCAGCUGAGAUACUCGCUGUACUUGGACCAGGAUAUUCAGGCCAUUCCCUUGGCCUCCUUCCCACUAUUGCCUGGCACAAAUGCCACCGUUACAGGUUGGGGACAUGUCUCUGCUCUAAAGCAUACCACGGAAGUUCUACUACGGGUCGAUGUGAGAAGCCAAAAUCGAUUGUCCUGCGCGGCGGAACAUGCUCUGCAUGGCAGACUGGUCAAUGUGGACGAGGUGUGCGCAGUUCCUGCGGGAAAAGUGCCCUACGUCUGUCAAGGAUUCGUGGGCGCUCCUUUGGUUGCCGAUAAUACGCUGUAUGGCUUGCUUUCCUGGGAAAGUGCCUGUGACGUCAUUACGAACUCCAGUUUAUAUGCCAAUAUACCUGUGCUCAAAGUGUGGAUCGAUUCCACUGUCAAGCUUAUGAGUAUCUUCUAAGCAUUCCAAUGUAAACACCAACUUUCAAACAGUUCCACAGUUCAAAAAU